GAUGUCGGCUGGCGGGCGUCGUUCUGCGCUUCUGUGGGGAGGGUCUCCGUGACAGGCGCUCGACGGAGACGACGGACGAGCCGAGUCCCCAGAGCGAGGGUGAGGGGCGGCCGCGGCGGAUCGGGCAGGGCCGGGCGUGGUGCCCAGGGCGCCCCCGCCGCGGGCCGUGACUUUUGGGAGCGUGCGGGAACGGGGAGCGUCGGGUGCCCAAGGCCCGUGAUGCCCCGCCGCCGCCCGGGAGGCCGGGAAGCCGAGCUCCGCGGGGCCCCCGAUGCCGCCGACUGGCUCUGACCCCGCCAGAAUGAACAGGAAGAAAGGAGACAAGGGCUUUGAAAGCCCAAGGCCGUAUAAAUUAACCCAUCAGGUCGUCUGCAUCAACAACAUAAACUUCCAGAGAAAAUCUGUCGUGGGAUUUGUGGAACUGACUAUAUUUCCCACAGUUGCAAACUUAAAUAGAAUCAAGUUGAACAGCAAGCAAUGUAGAAUAUACCGAGUGAGGAUCAAUGACUUAGAAGCUGCCUUUAUUUAUAAUGAUCCAACUUUGGAAGUUUGUCACAGCGAAUCGAAACAGAGAAAUCUCAAUUACUUCUCCAACGCUUACGCGGCUGCGGUUAGUGCUGUGGAUCCUGACGCAGGGAAUGGGGAGCUGUGCAUUAAGGUUCCAUCAGAGCUGUGGAAACAUGUCGAUGAGUUAAAGGUCCUAAAGAUACACAUCAAUUUUUCUUUGGAUCAGCCGAAAGGAGGUCUGCAUUUCGUGGUACCCAGUGUAGAGGGAAGCAUGGCAGAGAGAGGUGCUCAUGUGUUCUCUUGUGGGUAUCAAAACUCCACAAGAUUUUGGUUCCCAUGUGUCGAUUCAUACUCUGAGCUAUGCACGUGGAAGUUAGAGUUCACAGUGGACGCUGCCAUGGUGGCGGUCUCCAAUGGAGACUUGGUGGAGACCGUGUACACCCAUGACAUGAGGAAGAAGACCUUCCAUUACAUGCUCACCAUUCCAACAUCUGCAUCCAACAUCUCCUUGGCCAUUGGACCUUUUGAAAUCCUCGUAGAUCCAUACAUGCACGAGGUCACUCAUUUUUGUUUACCUCAGCUUCUGCCUUUGCUUAAACAUACCACGUCGUAUCUUCAUGAAGUUUUCGAAUUUUAUGAAGAAAUUCUUACAUGUCGAUACCCAUAUUCCUGUUUUAAGACUGUAUUCAUUGAUGAAGCUUAUGUUGAAGUGGCUGCUUAUGCCUCCAUGAGCAUUUUUAGCACAAAUCUGCUGCACAGUGCUAUGAUUAUAGAUGAGACACCUUUGACCAGAAGGUGUUUAGCCCAGUCUUUGGCCCAGCAGUUUUUUGGGUGUUUCAUAUCCAGAAUGUCUUGGUCUGAUGAAUGGGUAUUGAAAGGAAUUUCCGGUUAUAUUUAUGGUCUUUGGAUGAAAAAAACUUUUGGUGUUAAUGAAUACCGCCACUGGAUUAAAGAGGAGCUGGACAAAAUAGUGGCGUAUGAACUAAAAACUGGUGGAGUUUUAUUACAUCCCAUAUUUGGUGGAGGAAAAGAGAAGGAUAACCCAGCGUCCCAUCUGCACUUCUCCAUAAAGCACCCACAUACGCUCUCCUGGGAGUACUACACCAUGUUCCAGUGCAAAGCCCACCUUGUGAUGAGGCUGAUUGAGAACAGGAUCAGCAUGGAGUUCAUGCUGCAGGUUUUCAAUAAACUGCUAAGUUUGGCUAGUACUGCUUCAUCUCAGAAGUUCCAGUCACAUAUGUGGAGUCAGAUGUUGGUUUCCACAUCUGGAUUUUUGAAAUCCAUCUCAAACGUCUCUGGCAAAGACAUCCAGCCUUUAAUAAAGCAGUGGGUAGACCAGAGCGGAGUGGUAAAAUUUUAUGGAAGUUUUGCCUUUAAUAGGAAGCGAAAUGUCUUGGAACUGGAAAUAAAACAAGAUUAUACAUCUCCUGGAACCCAGAAAUAUGUGGGACCACUUAAAGUGACAGUACAGGAAUUAGAUGGAUCCUUCAAUCAUACAUUGCAAAUUGAAGAAAACAGCCUUAAACAUGAUAUACCUUGCCAUUCCAAAAGCAGAAGGAAUAAGAAGAAAAAAAUUCCACUGAUGAAUGGUGAAGAAGUUGACAUGGAUCUUUCUGCAAUGGACGCCGACUCCCCGCUGCUGUGGAUCCGGAUAGACCCGGACAUGGCGGUGCUGCGGCGGGCGGACUCGGAGCAGGCGGACUUCAUGUGGCAGUACCAGCUCCGCUACGAGCGGGACGUGGUGGCGCAGCAGGAGGCCAUCGCGGCCCUGGAGCGCUUCCCCACCCCCGCGUCCCGGCUCGCGCUCACCGACGUCCUGGAGCAGGAGCAGUGCUUCUACCGCGUGCGCAUGGCCGCCUGCUUCUGCCUCGCAAAGAUUGCAAAUUCAAUGGUGAGCACAUGGACAGGACCACCAGCUAUGAAGUCACUCUUUACUAGGAUGUUUUGUUGUAAAACUUGUCCAAACAUUGUGAAAACAAACAACUUUAUGAGCUUUCAAAGUUACUUUCUACAGAAGACUAUGCCAGUUGCAAUGGCCUUAUUGAGAGAUGUUCACAACCUUUGUCCCAAAGAAGUCUUAACAUUUAUUUUAGACUUAAUCAAGUACAAUGACAACAGAAAAAAUAAGUUUUCAGAUAACUAUUAUCGCGCAGAGAUGAUUGAUGCCCUUGCCAACUCUGUUACGCCUGCAGUCAGCGUGAAUAAUGAAGUCCGAACUUUGGAUAACUUAAAUCCGGACGUGCGACUCAUUCUUGAAGAAAUCACUAGGUUUUUGAACAUGGAAAAACUUCUUCCAAGUUACAGGCACACCAUCACCGUCAGCUGUCUGAGGGCCAUACGAGUGCUUCAGAAGAAUGGGCAUGUGCCCAGCGACCCGUCUCUCUUCAGAUCUUACGCAGAGUAUGGCCACUUUGUGGACAUCAGAAUAGCAGCUUUGGAAGCGGUGGUUGAUUACACUAAAGUGGACAGGAGUUAUGAAGAAUUACAGUGGCUACUUAACAUGAUUCAGAAUGACCCUGUACCCUAUGUAAGACAUAAAAUUCUAAAUAUGUUGACUAAAAACCCACCCUUUACUAAGAGCAUGGAGUCUCCCUUAUGCAAUGAAGCUUUGGUAGAUCAACUUUGGAAACUUAUGAAUUCUGGCACUUCACACGACUGGAGGCUGCGGUGUGGGGCUGUGGACUUGUACUUCACGCUUUUUGGCCUCAGUAGACCUUCCUGCUUACCCUUGCCAGAACUUGGCUUGGUCCUUAAUUUGAAAGAGAAAAAAGCUGUCUUGAAUCCAACCAUCAUUCCAGAGGCCAUAGCAGGCAACCAAGAAGCUGCAGUGAACCCAAGCAGCCACGCACAGCUAGCUGGAUUCCAGAACCCUUUUUCAAGUUCUCAAGAGGAAGAAGAGAUUGAUAUGGAUACUGUUCAUGAUAGCCAGGCAUUCAUUUCCCAUCAUCUAAACAUGCUUGAAAGGCCGUCAACUCCGGGGCUCUCCAGAUAUCGGCCAGCUAACUCGCGAUCUGCUCUGACGCCCCAGCACUCAGCAGGCUGUGACGGCACGCCCACCACGAAGCCCCAGUGGAACAUGGAGCUCCCACGGAAGGGGACAGGUAAAGAGCAGCCCCCUCUGGAGAUGAGCGUGCAUCCGGCCGCAGCAGCUCCGCUGUCGGUGUUUGGCAAGGAGCCCGCGUCCUCCAAGCACGGCGAGCACCACCACCACCACCACCACGAGCACAAGAAGAAGAAGAAGAAGCACAAGCACAAGCACAAGCACAAGCACAAGCGGGACGGCCGAGAGCGGGCCCGGGCGCCGCUCGCCUUCCCCAGCCCCGCCGGCGGCAGGUCCGCGCGCUCGCCGUCCCUGUCCGACUGAGCCGGCCGGGACCGCCCCCGCCGCGUGCAGAACGGCGUACAGACUGAGACAGAACGGCGUACAGACUGAGACGGGCCGGGGACCGCUCCCCCUGCCUACAGAACGGCAUACAGAAUCAGCAUCAUCAGCUGGGAAGAUGAUAGAAAAAGUCACCUCUUGUAGAGACUCAAGUUCUAAAUAUUUGAUUUAUAUUAUUUAUACAGUUGAAACCUAAUUAGGAAAAUGUGUUUUAUCAUCCUGAGUAAACCACCUCAUCCGGUUUCUUCCUGGAAACACACACACACAGCAGACCCUUCCUCAGGGCCUCAUAUGCACGGGCAGCCCCCAUCACAUCAUGGUCUCCGUGUGUACUGCCAAAGUCAAUUAUGUUUUAAAGCCUUUGAUUGAUACGAUGGUACAAAGCUAUGUUUUAAACAGAAGCUACUGCCAAGCCUGUGGUAAAACCACUGUUUCCAAUGAAAUAUUGUAUGGCACCAUUUGGAACUACUGAAUGCUGGAGCCUUUUCUAGAGGGCUCUUCUAUUGCGUGUUUUUGUGUGUAUCUGUAAACUGUAGAAACCAAUGCUGAAGUUUUCAGAGGCAGCUUUAAAAAAAAAAAAAGGCUUUUCUGAUAGCACAUUUGGUCAUUAUGUUGUUGGAAUUUAACAAAACUACCAAAUCCACGGUUCUCAAAUCAAGAUGUUUAAAUUAUAACUUCCUUUUUUUAUUAAGUAUCAGUGAAUACAUUCAUAUGUAGAACAUGUUUACCAAAUGUGCACAAUUAAUACACCCAAUACAUAUUCUAAAAUUAUUUCUCUAACGAUGUGGUACCUUAAAAAGGUGUUUAUGUGCUGUUCAUAAGCGUAAAUGUAGACAUUUUGACCCUCAGCGUGAGUAUACCAGCAGUAUUUAAAAAACAUACAAAACAUUUUGGUUUCCUACUUCAAUAGUUUGUAUGUUUGUGUGGUUUUUUUAAUUUCCAGAUUUACCAUGUGCUUUAUUGUUUGCCUAAAAAUGUUGCUCAUACCUGUUCUAUUUUAAUCAUUCCCCUUAACAUUUAGAAAGUGUGACUGAAUACUUCUUCCCAGAAUAGAUGUUUCAAAGGGAUUUGGUAAUGUUGGACUUAAAUAUACUUGUUUAAUAAAUAACUUUUU